AUGAACCGAAGACAGAUUAGUGAAAUUCAAAAUUAUUUAAAUGAGAGUGAUAGUGGUUCUAGUUUGUUUUCUUGUGGGGACGAUUCGGAUAACGAUCCGAGUUAUGAACAACCAAGGCCACAUUCUCAAUCUUUGCCACCUGUACGUUGUUCGUUUGAUUCUGGUGACGACUGUGGACCUGAACUUACUGGAUCAAAUAAUUAUCAAAAUUCAGAUGACAACUUGUCGGUGGAUGACAGUUCAAGUGAGUCUAGUGAUGAUAAUUCUGAUACUGAUAGUUGGGUUGAAGAUUACGCCGAUAUUCCAGACUAUGCAUUUGAUGAUAGUCACAGUGGUAUAAAAUUAAAUAUUUCUGAAAGUUCUCGUGAAUUUCCAAUUGAAAUUUUUACUCAAUUUUGGACAGAUGACAUUUUUGAUAUGGUAAUUGAAUCAACUAAUAAAUAUGGGGAAAAUUUGAGUAAAGCUAAUCGACCUCAUAAAAAAAAUGCACGAGCUUCGACAUUCAAACCAGUAGAUUUAGAUGAAAUCAAACGCUUUCUUGGUAUUUGUUUACUUGGUGGAGCAGUAAAGUUUUCUGUUAUUCGAGACAUGUUUUCACAAAAUCCAUUAUAUUACCAUCCGGUUUUUAAUCAUAUUAUGUCUGGCAGAAGGUUUGAUCAAAUACUCAAUUGCUUUAGUGUACAGUAUACUGACCGUUAUAAUAAUGAAGUGAUUGGACCUAUGAUGAAAGUCCAACCAUUAUUUGACACAUUAAUUCAAAAUUUUCAGACAGCUUUUAUUCCUACCGAACAUUUAUCAAUAGAUGAAUCAUUAUUGUUACACCGUGGUCGAAUUAUAUUUAGACAAUAUAUAAAAAACAAGAAGGCUAGGUAUGGCAUUAAAUUUUACGAACUCACUUCAUAUGAUGGGUAUGUGCUCAAUAUAGAAAUGUACCAAGGAAAGCAAGAACAAUCAGCUGUACCAUCUAGGACAUCAAAAAUAGAUAGUAUUGUUUUAAGGCUAAUGAAUAAUUACCUAAAUAAAGGGUUCUCUCUAUACAUGGACAACUAUUAUAACAGUGUGACACUUUCAAAUACUUUACUUGAACUAAAAACGCACACAACUGGGACUUUAAGAAAAAAUCGUAAAGGAAACCCAAAAGUUGUAGUUGAUAAUAAACUAAAAAAAGGACAACAUGUAUGGAGACGUAAAAAUAAUGUUUACGUAAGUAAAUGGAAGGAUAAGCGUGAUGUUUUGUGUAUAACAACUAGAGUACAUCCAAAAUUAAUACAGUCAGAAAAUCGGUACGGCCAACAAAAGAACAAACCGUCGGAGAUCGUCGAGUACAACAACUAUAUGAAUGGUGUUGAUCGGUCAGACCAGAUGGUCAGUUAUUAUAGCAGUCCAAGAAAGACAUGUAAAUGGUAUAAAAAGGUAAUUUUUCAUUUACUCGAUGUUACAGUUUGGAACUCGUUUUUUAUCUAUAAAAAACAUUUUGAUACUCCAAAUAUGAAAUUUAAAGCUUUUCGUGAUUUACUCAUUAAAAAUUUGUUCAAUAUUCCGAACAAUGUGACUGCAAAUGAACUGUUUGUACUAAAAAAAAAGCCAUCAAUACCUCCAGCAACCAAUCACUAUCAAGAAAGAAUACCAAUACCAGAAAAUUAUAAGAGAACUAUUUAUUACAAAAAUUGCUUACAGUGCUACAAGACCAAUAAAAUCAGAAAACAAACGUCUUUCCAGUGCAAGCAAUGUGCAAAACCACUAUGUGCUGGUUUUUGUUUUGAAGCAUAUCACAAAAAUUUGUAA